AUGCCGCUGCUCACGAGUGCGAGCCCACCGACCGACAACCUCGCCGACAUGUCGUCGACCCGCCAAGCCAUCAAAUCUAAGGACCCCGAGAACACGAUGAACAGCCUCGGCUCGCGCACGAGCACCGGCGGAGGCUCUCUUCGUUCCUUCAUGGCACUGUGCACGUUCAUCAUAUGA